AUGUUUGAAAGAACCAACAACACCAGAGCCAACAAUCACUACCCCAAAACUAACCACCCCAGAGNUCCCCCAAAACCAACAACACAGGAACCAAUAACCACCCAAGAACCAACCACUACCACACUAGUCCCAACAACCACAACUAUCCUUUCCACAACACAAAUCCCUACCACAAUAGAAAACCCCACUACAACAGAAAAACCCUCCACAACAGAGAAGUCUACCAUGAAACCAGCAAAUAAAUGUACAUUUUACGGCUGUCGGGACCUAGAUUAUGUUUGUGGAACUGAUGGAAAUAGCUAUAUCUGUGCUAACUACCUGGUUUAUGUGAGUUGUUUAGAAGGUAGUGCUGUCACUGUUGCUCACGAUGGUCGCUGUGCAAGAAGGACAACGACCGCACCAACUACUACAGCCAAACUCUGUCCCAGGGCUCGUUGUCCAGAUGGCUCUACUAAAGUGUGUGGUACUGAUGGAAAAACUUACAAGUGUAAAGAAAAGAUAGAAUACACAAACUGUGUAAAUUAUACUGCUGUGGGUGUGGCCCAUCAAGGCCGAUGCUGCCCCUCCCCUGAUUGUGCUGUCAGUGAUCCGGCUGUCUGUGGCUCUGAUGGAAAGAUAUACCAGUGUUUGUCUAACUUUAAGCACCAGAAGUGUCGUAACAAGACAAGUGUGUAUGUAGCCAGCAUGCAAAGAUGUCUGACAACCACUGUGUCUCCACUGGCAAUGAGCACACCAUCUGUGGCCUUUCCUUGCAGUGCUCGCUGCUCCUUGUCUCCCAGAGAGCACUGUGAUAACAGAGGAAAAAUCUAUGGCAGUCAAUGUGCUCUGCACUGGGAGAUCUGUCGCUAUCAGAGUCAGGGGCUCACACCUCCUCGUGAGGUAGAGUGCAAUGGAAGUCCUGUUGUGGGAUAAUAUGGUCUAAAACACUGCCAAUUCUGUUUUAUAAUCACUGCUUUGAUAUUGAAAUAAAAUUAACUGUUUAUAUGAUGAUGGUGUUCAGUUAUUAAAACAUGAGUGUUUGUUUUACACAUAAAUAGCUGCACCACAUAUGAUAUCUUUCAAGGGUGGAUUUUGUUG